AUGCGAAAAAUCAAAUCGUCGAGUGGAAAUAAGUUGCAGAUUCCUAGAAUCGAGGUUAGUUUUUAAAGGGGGAGAGGGUUUGGGUCAAAAAUUGGAUAACACGUUCAGUCUCAAUUGAAAAUCCUAAUCUUUAAUUUAUUUUACCAAUCGUCUUGAGAAACUUAUUUGUAUUGUCAAAAUUUGUAUGAAUGCUGAAAAAAAAAAUCAUUUUUUUGGACUUUCUCUAUUUUAUUAUUGGUAUCUGGAAUUUCAUCCAAUAUUUCAGAACUUGCUUCAAAAAACACAUAGACAUUUUGGUAUUUUCAUAAAAUGCUUGAGACAAUAUUUAUUUGUACCAUUAAAAUGUGGAUGACGCUGAUUGAUUACUGUAGAUAGAAUUAAAAAAAAAAAAAGCAAAAACAAGAAUUUUUCAGUUGAGAAAGUUCGGGGGUUCAGGUUUCUUGACUGAGAUUUUUGAAAAAUGAACUCGAAGUGAACAUUUUUCUAGAAUUUGAGAAUUGCAGGGAUUGAAAAACAAAAGAUUAUUUGAGGAACUUCGCCAGGAAAAAUUUUGAUUCUUAUCCAAAACUGAAUAAUUAAUUACAAACUUGCACAUUUAUUGUUAUAAAAUGAAGUUCAAAAAGUUCAUCUACCUACUUCAAACUUUGAAUUACCCACUCAAAUAUAAUUAUUUUAAAUCGCUCCAAUUUUCACUGAACUCAAUCAAUCUUUUCUUGUUUCACAAAAACUUUUCAACCAAUGCAGACUUUUUAGUAACAUUCUAGACGUAUCCUUAAAGUAGUUGCACUUUUUCUCCACUUCUCGGAUUAGUGCAUUUUUUUGUUCGGUCUAUAAAUUACUCCGAGUAAUUAGAUUUUUUCUCAAUAUCGGAAACUUGGAAUCAAUUGGUUUUUAUUUUUCACUUCCAGAUUCUGACUUGUGGUCUAAAAAUAUGUUUUUGAAUAGAAAAACCAGUUCAAUGUUUUUGAAAUCAAACAUUAGUCACGUUUUUUCGAUAUAUUUUUUUCGAAAAAUAUUUUGGCAAAGUGUUGUUUUCAUAUAAAUAUUCCCAGGUGUGCUCAUUGAUUUCUAAUUUUCUCGAAAACCAAAAAUAAAUAUAGGAAAGUCCUAAUUUUGUUGUUGAUCAACAACCAAGUCCAUCCAUCUAUUGUUGACUUCUGAACUUGUCCAACAAAUUCAAUUUUCCUCGUUUUAUAUUCAUUUUUAUUUUAUUUCUUCUCAAAGAAUUUUUUCGAAAUAAAAAUAGAAACCUGUGAGUUGAGUCACAAAAAUGUUACACUACAUAUUGUGUGUGUGUUUUUUUUUGCGAAAAUGUGGAAAUUUUAAUGCAUUUCCGGUGUUCAACAAAAAAUGCAAAACAAUUUUCAAUUUGCUUAAUGCAAUUUAUUUAUCUUAUUUUCUUCCCGGUUCAACAGAAAUACUGAUUUAAUAGUACAUUUUUUACAAGCCAUCAUGUUCAUUCUUGAGGAUCUAUUGGAAUUUUCAGAAAGUUAUUUUUGGAACUUUGUUUUGAAGUUUGAAACUGAGAUCGCACUUUGUUUUUUUUUAAUUAAACAUUUGAAAAGACUUUGUAGUUUGAACUUUUUACUAUAUUUUCUCUGAAAAAUUCCAAAUUCAAAGUCCAGGUGAAAAAAAUGUAUUAUCAUUCAUUUUAUAUUUAAUCUGAUCUUACAAUAAUUUCAGUAGCUUCAGUUUUCAAAGAAAAUAUUAUUUUUCAAUAGAAAAGGUGAUAACUUCGAAGGCCUCUUGAAACUUACAAUACUAGUUUUGUCACGGUAUAACUUUUUUUGUGAAAAUUCCCCGGAAAAUAAAAUGUUCAUUCUCUGAUUGUGAGUUGUCUAAUUUCUACAGUAAUCCUGAUUGCAUCAACUUUCUCUCUUAUUUGCAAAAGUCAGAAAACACUUAAACUUCUUCGCCCUGCAGAAAAAUGUGCCCAAAGUUCUCAAGCGUCGUCUAAUUCCAAUCCUUGAACUUUCUCCUCGUUUUUCUCUUUUUUUGUGUGUUUUUUUUGCGUGGAGAAAAUAAGUUAGGAAAAACGAAACAAUCGAAUCGAAUCGAAUCUAGAAUUUUAUGUGAUGAAAGUUUUUUUCGAACUUUUUUGGCUUCGAAUGUGUUUACUCGAGAAUGUGUUUGCACUUUUCACUCAAUAGCCUUUAAUUUUGUUUUUCAAAUGUUAGCAGAUAUUUUGCAAAUUCGCAAAAAAGAAACAUUCAAUUUGGGCUCGAGAAUUGUUGUUAAGUCUAUAUUAUCGGAUGAGAGCCUACGAUAGAGCAGAAAUUUCCUGCUGUGGUCUAGAACAGCUGUAUUCAUGUGCCCCGAAGCUAAUUUCAAUACGAAUUUUCAUGAAAUUUUCGGAAAAAAUCAUUUUUAUAUCUAUCAAGUUACGGUUUUUAGAACAUGUUUACUUGAAGUUUUCAACUUUUUUUGAAGAUUCUGCUGAAACUUUUUUUUUAUUGCUGGAUGUUCUCCAAAACGCAUCUUUUUUCGAAAAAAUUUGUAAAAUUUCAAAAGAAAAAAAAUUUCCGAUGACAUCAAAAGGUCGUUUCGUAUCUAAUUAUUUAUGUAUUAUGCACUUAUAAGUUAGUGGAUCUUGUGUUUUCUUAAAUUUUUGCAGCUAUCAAGUUACUGUUUCCAUUUUCGCAAAAAAUAAAAAUAUCAAUUUCCAUUUUCUUUCGUUUUUGCUGUCAAAUUAUCGUCUUGUUUUUGUUUUUUAUUCGUUUUUUUUCUGGAAAAAUUCAUGGAAAUUGUAUCCUUUUUGCUUGCUUUCUAUUUAUGUUAGUAAACAUUUUAAAAUAGAGUUUUUUCAAAACGUCAUAAUUAACCCAUCAAGUUUGUUGCUUGCUUCAAAAAAAAGAACAACACACAAACUUCCACAAUUUUCUAUUUGGACUCGUUUUUUUGUGCAAACCCAGAAGUAAAAUUUUUGAGAGGUUUUGAAUUAUUUAUAGAAUAUUUAUAGACAGAUGAGAGAAAAUCUUAUCAUGAAAAUAAGAAUCCGGAGCAAAAAAAGGUUUUCGGAAACCAUAGAAUAGACUAGAAAAUCGAAUUUAUGCUUGUUUUUUCCUGGAAUUUCUUCUUCUUCAGGAUCUGACCAAGCUUAUUUCAAAAGAAGUUGGUUUCUGAAAAUAAUUGGUCCUUCAAAUCUAAAAAUAGUUUUUUUUUUGAAUUUUGCAAGCAAAAUAUUAGGCUUCUUUCUUGAUCGAAAAGCGCUUUUUUGGUUCAGAACACGAAGUUUUUUAGCCUGGAAAUUUUUAUUUUCCACUUCUUGUCGAUACUUCUCAUCAAAAAUUCUCAAGGAUUUGUGAAUUUUUUUUAUUUCGGGUGGCAAAAUCUGUUUUCUUUUUUCUUGUUUUCAAGUCUGAACUUAGUGCAUCUUUUCAUGUGUGAGGCUUUGUUUAGUUCCUUAUUUUUGACAGAAACACUUCCAAAGUUGAACUUAUCAAAAAUUCUACUUUGAAAAAAUUCAAAGUCCAGAUGAAGUUUCAAACUUUGUCAACAUCUACUUACUUUUGGAAUUAAUAUGGUGAGGCUAGAAAAAAAACAAAGUUUUUAUAAUUCGACAGAAUUAUUGUCUUUUCCCUUUCAACAAUUUUUAGGCACAGAGUUGUGACUCCAUUAUUUUUUUUGUUCAAAACACGAUUUUCUCUCGACGCAUUUUUUGUCAUUUUUUUUCUUCAGAGUAUUUAUCUGAUUCAUUUCAAUAACCAACCAAAAAAUGGAUGAGAAAAGAUUUAAUUAUCCAUGAGCCGAGAGCUCUUAUUUCUUACUCAUUUCUCUUAUGUCAGUCACAUAGAUAAUUAGGGGUAUUUUCACGAAAAUCGCAUUUUUCCCUCCUCUUUUUUAUUUAUUCCCAUGUAUCUUUUUUCUAGGUUCGAAGAUCAUCAUCUCUUCAUACGUCACUAAAUCUUCAACCAAUCGACGAUUCCAAAUUAUCCGAAGUAGGUUUUGCAAAAGAAAAAAACAAGUAUAUUCCAUUUUAUUAUUAUUUCCGUUUUUAUUUUCAAGGUAUCCGCUCUCAGCCCGUCAAAUAGUUAUUUAUCCGUUUUCUCAACUCAAACAUCCACCUACGAUUUUUCAUCAAAUAUGACAAGGUUUGAAAAUUUAAGAUUUUUUAGACUUGAAAUUUUUCAGAACUUCGGCGAUUUCAAUUAAUUUACCAAACGCUCCACCAAAGUGAAUUUGUUUUCUGAAUUUUGAUUUGAUUUUUCCCUCUUGUGAACAAAAAUGCACUCUUACCCAUAAACACUCCAAUCGCACACGUGCUUUGAAAAAAUGUUAUACAAAUUUUUUUCUAGAUUUUGGAACAUUUAAAAUAUUUUGAAAUUAUCUUGCUAUAAAAUUGAAAAAUGAAAACAAUAGUUCACACUUGGUAAUUCUAUAUUUUUCCUGUAAUUAUCAAAAUUUUUAACAAAAACAAGAGCUUUAUAUUAAAUUUUUGAUGGUUUUUGAAACCUUAAGAAUUGUUUUUUUCUAAAAUUUGUCCAACUAUUUUUUUUGUAUCACAUUUUUCAAAGCACAGAAUCUAAAAAAACUAUCCUAUCUAUUUUUCCUCAAUUUUUCUCCUCAAUCAUUUUUCCUUUUUCAGAUAUCGAUGCUGUUUUGGAACUUGUCGAAUACGUGUCGGAGCAUGUAUUAUUGGAGUUGCUUGCAUUAUCAUUUCUAUUUUACGUGAGUUCCAAUUUUCUUCCAAUAAAUAAAUCUAAUAAUUAAUGAAUCUACAGUACUCUGCUCACUUCUUUCAAUUUCAACCGAAAUGACACCCGAAUCUCAAAGUCUUCUUUCUCCGCCAAUUAUUCUUUCAAUUGUUCAAUUUGCCACGUCAAUGGUUAUGAUUGUGGCAGUUUUGACGAGUUUUCAUCUUUUGUUGAUACCAUUUUUGGUGACUUGUGUGAGUUUGAAAAAUUAGACGUUUAAACCUACUUUUUACUUUCGAAAACACAAUCAAACUCGAACUGUUUCCCAAAAAAAUAAUAAAUAAAUAAAUAAAUAAAUAAAAGUCAAGCAGAACUAAAAUGAGAAAUAAGUAGCUCAUUUUCAGUACUCUACAGUAAUCUUCCAAAACUUGUAGGUAAUGAAUCUUCUUGGAUUAUUCGUUCUAUGUUCUUGGGCAGUUGUUCAUCGUGGCAAAUUAUCAGCUAGAAUUGUGACAUUAAUUUUGGCUGGUUCAACAGGUUCUUGCCUACUUUAUCUUUGGUUUAUUGCAAUAAUUGGAAUGACUUUUGUUUUGAUUCGAGAUCGAAAAUUGAUGGGUUAUGAUGAUGAAUAUGAUGUUGAAAACCGAACUUUUGAUCGAGCCAGUAGUUCUGUAGUUUGA